UCUCCCUCUCUCUCUCGCUACAUCGUCGUCGUCUCUUCAACAAGAGCUCACUCGCAGUAUACAUUUUUGCUUCCCAACAACUCGCGCACCUUUCAAUGGCGCACAACUUUUGUCGCAUCGCGUCCCGUCUGGCCGCCGCCUAUCACAGAGCUGGAGCCAAAUCACCGACCUUGCCGAGAGGCGCCGUCGCGCCGUCGUUCAACAACGACGCGAAAAUGGCUUCUUCUCUCGCGAGCUCCAGAGCUUUCUCGGCGAGCUCCGACGGAGGCGACCCGUCCUUCCCCGGUUCUUUCGAUGAGGGGGGUUGGGAUUCGGUUUCGUCGUGGUCCACGGGAAUGACCAAGGACUACUUCGAUGGGGAAGCGGUGGGCCGCAGGACGAGCCCGAGCCCCAGCACGAGCACGACCCGCGGUCAAGACCCUAACUCGAACCCUUACCAGUCGAUGAUGAUCUCCGAUUUACAGGAAAUCGAGGACAAGUUGAGAGAAAUGGAUGAAGAGAACAGGAAGAGCAAGGCGUUUGUGGAUGGUUGGGGCGAACGGCUGAGCGAGAUCAGCGUGUUGCUGAAGCAGGUGCGGGAACCAGGGGCGAGAGGGUCGUAUUUGAAGGACUCUGAGAAGGCGGAGAUUUAUCGGCUGCACAAGCAGAACCCUGACGUUUAUACUGUGGAGAAGCUGGCCAAAGAUUACAGGAUCAUGAGACAGAGAGUGCACGCCAUUCUUUGGUUGAAGGAGAUGGAGGAGGAGGAGGAGAAGAAGCUUGGCCACCCUUUGGACGAUUCAGUUGAGCUCUUGCUCGAUAAUUGCCCCGAAUUUUUCAAUUCCCAUUGCAGGGAGUUCCAUGUGGCAUCCCUUCCUUACAAACCUGACUUCAAGGUUAUGCCAGAGGGUUGGGAUGGAACUGUCAAAGAUCUAGAUGAGGUCCACUAUGAGAUCUCAAAGAAAGAAGAUGAAAUGCUGUAUCAAGAAUUUGUCCAAAGACUGAACUUCAACAAGAUGAAAGUGGCUGGGAAGGUGAAAUGCCACAAAUAUAGCCGACGCCGGCCCUCAGAAGGAUGGAAUAUCACAGUCGAGAAACUCGGACCACGUGGGAAGCGUGGAGGUGGUGGUGGAUGGAAAUUCGUAAGCUUACCUGAUGGAUCUAGCCGGCCACUUAAUGAGAUGGAGAAAAUGUACGUACGGAGGGAGACACCGCGUCGCCGACGCAGGAUACUCCCUUGAUCGCAUUGGAUUCUGGUUCUGCUGCUUCUUUCGAAUAGAGGGUGACUUGAUUAGGUGCUAUAUUACCAGGGAAAUGUCUGUUUCUUUCCUCUUACUUUUAUGUAUCUUUGUGCUGUUGGUGCACCUUCUUUACCUCGCCUCUUUUUGUUGCGGAGUUACAAUUCAGCUGUAAGUACUUAGAAUGAAGGCCACAAUUGUUUUGGUCUACCUGGACUUUAUUUUGAUCACUGAUGAUUUUACUUUAGAGCUGAUCAUGUAGAUAGCUACCUCUAAAACCCUUGAUUCCGCAAGGAUCUCUCCGGUUAUGUGUAUGGUCGAAAUGCUCUAUAAUUAGUUCCAGUUAGAGCAAGAUGGAAAGAAGUGUUCAUA